GCAGGAGUGGCGGCUCUGCGGCAGGGCUUUACUCGCUAUGCGCCCAACCAGGGCACUCUGGAGCUCCGAGCGGCGAUUUGCGAGAAGCUCAAGACUGAGAACGGACUGACCUACUCGCCAGAGGAAGUGGUGGUGACAAACGGGGCCAAGCAAGCCGUGUUCCAAGGGGUGAUGGCCACGUGCAGUGCGGGGGACGAGGUCAUCAUCCCAGCGCCCUACUGGGUGUCCUACCCUGAGAUGGCUAAACUCGUAGGAGCCACGCCCGUCGUCCUCCCCACCACCACGGCCCACUCCUUCCUCCUCUCCCCCUCCGCCCUGCAAGCUGCCCUCACCCCCGCCUCGCGCCUACUCAUCCUCUGCUCACCCUCCAACCCCACUGGAGCCGUCUACUCGCCUGAGCAACUGCAAGAAUUGGCACAAGUCGUUGCUCAGCACCCUCGGUUGCUGGUACUAGCAGACGAGAUCUACGAGCACAUCAUCUACCCGCCAGCUCGCCACGUGAGCUUUGCUUCUUUACCCGGCAUGUGGGAGCGCACACUAACAGUCAAUGGAUUCUCCAAGGCCUUCGCCAUGACAGGCUGGCGCCUGGGCUAUCUCGCUGCUCCCAAGCCGUUUGCAGCAGCGGCCAACCGCAUCCAGAGCCAGACCACCUCUGGCGCCAGCAGCAUCGCGCAGAAGGCAGCCAUGGCAGCAUUCGAGCUGGGACCAUGCGGGGGUGCAACAGUGGCAGCGAUGGUGGAGGCAUUCAGGAGAAGGAGAGACAUGCUGGUGGCUUGGCUGGAGAAGAUUGCCGGAAUCAAGCUGGCCGUGCCGCAGGGGGCCUUCUACCUCUUCCCUGACGUUUCCUCUUUCUACGGCCGCUCAGGCCCGGGGUUCGGGCCGAUCACAGACAGCGAGUCGAUGUGCCGAUACCUGCUGGAGAGGGGACAGGUGGCGCUGGUGCCAGGGGAGGCCUUUGGAGCUUCUGAGUGCAUUCGGAUAUCGUAUGCGGCGUCCGAUGAUGUGCUUUUGGAAGCCAUGGACAGGAUUGAGAAGGCUUUGGCUGAAAUUGAGUGA